AUGUGGUAUGAAUAGCCUCACCAGAUCCAUCUCCCACGGCUUGCACGACGGAGCCCAAAGAGUGUUGUACGGCUGGUCAAUAUCUCAAGGGAUAAAGGAAAGCUAUCUUCCAUUGGUUUCAAUGCAAGAAAGGAGUCGCCGACUCUUGAGUCAACAUAGUAUCGAAAUCCGGAAUCGACGCCUACCCAAAAUUCAAUCUCUGUUCUCGCCUUUGCAAAGAACGAGGACCAUGAGUCGUCGUGUUCCUAUCGAGGCCCAACCAGUGGACGCGCCAUUAACAUGCGCAGCAACUUUCCUCGUCUUGACGAUCAACGAUACCCCUGACGCCUUCAAAACCGUCCGGUCAACCCUCGCCGGUGUCGAUAGUCUCGCCAAAAACGUCGCAAUCCGUGACCUUAAUGCGUCGUUUAGCUGUACUGUGGGCAUAGGUAGUAACACCUGGGACCGUGUCACCGGACUCCCACGACCGGCAGAACUGCACCCAUUCCCGGAAGUGAAAGGCGCUACUCAUACGGCUGUCUCAACACCAGGAGACCUGCUGUUCCACAUCCGAUCCGAGCGUCGUGACCUGAACUUCGAGUUCGAGAAACAACUAAUAGACGCACUUAGCGACGCCGUCAAAGUUGUUGACGAGACUGUUGGCUUCCGAUACUUCGAUGUGCGUGAUCUCCUCGGUUUCGUAGACGGCACUGCGAAUCCCGUUGGGCCCGCUGUACCAGAGUCUAUUCUAGUAGCUCAGGAGGACGAAGGUUCAGCCGGAGGGAGUUACAUUGUCGUGCAAAAAUACUUCCACAAUAUCAAAGGAUGGCGUUCGCUCUCCACAGAGCAACAGAAAUCCAUUAUCGGUAGGACUAAACUAGAAAACGUGGAACUUGACGAUGCGGACGCGGAUAAGCAGAAAGCGCACAAAACACUGGCCACAAUCGAGGAUGAAAAUGGCGAUGAGCAUGAUAUUCUAAGAGAUAAUAUGCCAUAUGGGAGCCCCGGGAAGGGCGAAUUUGGAACAUAUUUCAUUGGUUAUACAAGGAGGUUGUGGGUGCUGGAGAAGAUGUUGCAGAGAAUGUUUGUGGGCGUUCCCGAUGGAAUGCAUGACCGAAUUCUGGAUUAUUCGACCGCGGUGACGGGGAGCACGUUUUUCGCACCAUCAGCUACGGUGCUUGCUGGGCUUGGAGAUGACUAAUUGUCGCAGUUACAACGUAAGAGAAACCUCAAGCGCGGAGGUAGGAGAGAAUGCUGGAUGAAGGAUGAGAUGGAGCUAGUUGCGGCAAAGAGUGUAAAACAAGAUGAAGACAUUCAAGUCUCAAUUACAUUAAAAAUUUACUAAAUUACAAGCGAGCUAUAGCUCAAGCUUUUG